AUGCCACGCUCGACUGCUUCUGGUUCGGAACAGCGCGCUCCGUCGCAGGGACGGUCCAAGGGUCCUCGCGAUGCCAGCGUCGACUCGCAUGAGGCGGCGACGGAGAAAUUCCCCGACUUCGAAUCAUCGUCAAUACCAGCAUACAGUAUUGGUCCUGCACAGGGCCGUCUAAAUGGCAGACCAGAAGGUUACGUAAAUGGCGGGACGCACCUCUCUGGAGACCAGUGGCGCCCUCGGAGGGAGAGCUCUGCACGGGGAGCGGGAUGGGCGCCGUCGAUAUCAGGUCAGCCGACGCGUGGACAUGCUCGGCAGAAAAGUAUCAACGAUACGCUCCGGGAUAUCAGAGCGCGAGGUGGGAGCGUCAGCCAGAAUGCACAUGAGCUCGCAGGCGCGCUCCGGGCCCCCGUGUCCCCGAGACUUAUAAUACUAUGUAUUACGUGGUACGCCUCCUCGGCCCUGACCAAUACGUCAGCCAAGUCCAUCCUCAACGCCUUCGACAAACCAGCGACCUUGACCAUGAUCCAAUUUCUCUUCGUCUCGGGAUAUUGCAUGCUGUUCUCGUGGGCCGCCGCUACAUUCCCAGCCGUGAAAGCCGCAGUGCCAGCAUUAAGACACGGUAUUCGCCCGCCGAGUGUCGAGGUGAUCCGGACAACAAUGCCUCUGGCGUUGUUCCAGGUCGGAGGCCAUCUGUUGAGUUCCAAUGCGACCUCGAAGAUACCCGUCUCCCUUGUCCAUACGAUCAAGGGGCUGUCACCCCUCUUCACCGUGCUGGCCUACCGCGCCAUCUAUGACAUUCGAUAUCCCGUGGCGACCUACCUCUCCCUGAUACCACUGACCAUUGGCGUCAUGCUCGCCUGUUCUGGGAGCCACUCCUUCGGCGGGCAGCUGCUGGGAAUUCUCUAUGCCUUCCUGGCCACGCUCAUCUUUGUCACGCAGAAUAUCUUCUCCAAGCGGCUCUUCAACGAGGCCGCUCGGGCGGAGGCUGAAGGGAUGACCACGACAACGCGCACACUAGACAAGUUGAACCUCCUCUGCUACUCGUCAGGUCUUGCUUUCGUGCUCACGUCGCCGAUCUGGCUCUGGAGCGAAGGUUUCGGGAUCCUAGGCGACUUCCUACACGAUGGAGCUGUGGACUUGGAGCAAGGACCAGACACCUUCGAUCACGGUCGGCUGUUCGUGGAGUUCGUCUUCAACGGUAGCUUCCAUUUUGGGCAGAACAUCCUGGCCUUCGUCCUCCUGUCGCUCGUCUCUCCAGUUACCUACUCCGUCGCGAGCCUCAUCAAACGGGUUUUUGUCAUUGUUGUCGCGAUCGUGUGGUUCCGCUCGCCGACCACGCGAAUCCAGGCUGUGGGCAUCGGACUCACCUUUCUUGGAUUGUAUUUCUACGACAGGAGCAGCGAGAAGAAUAAGGCAGACAGGAAGGCGCGCACCAUGACGGAGAGCAAGGGCACGCCACUGCUACCACUCAACACAGCCGGAGGCCUGGCAGCGAAUCAGAACGGAACGGGCCUUUUCGAGAGCCCAGCAGCCGCCACACCAGCUGCUGGCGCGCACCCGUACACCAACGGCUUCUUGGUCGGCAACGGUGAUGAUAGCAAGAAGUCUGACGAUAAUGUGCCGUCGAGGGCGAGAGCCCAGAGCAGUGCGCAGUGGCUACCGCCGGGAACGAAACAGGAAGAGACGUGGAGGCUUGGCGACAAAGGGGUCAACAUAGCUGCAUAGAAUGCUGUGCUCUCUCUAUCUGCUGAUCUUCUCGCGGGCCACCCAUCACUGCUUGGGGCACACUACUUGGUUACAAGGAAACUCUGGGGUUGUGUGUAUGUGUGUGUAUAAAGACAUGAGCAUAAGACGAUAUCAAACGGGCAAUUCUUGGAGGAUGUGGAUUUGGGUUGGCGUUGGACGGGCGUUCUAGACUAAGGAUAACCCCAUUUUUCCCCCAUCAUUAUACAAUAGGUGCUUUGGGGGCGGGGCGGAACGGGCUAUUAUACAGCAUGGUAGAAAAGUCUGAAAAG